UUGUCUGGGUUUUUUUUUUUUCUCUUCUUCUUUUUCUCUUUCUGGGAAAAUUUAGAAGAAGAAGAAGAAGAAGAAAAUGUAUCCAAGAAUGAUUCAACCCCACCAUGAAGGAAUAGUUGUUGGUCAGGAAGAAAUAGCAAUUCAGAAUGGUGGUGGGUCCAAUCAUAGAGGAGACCCAUGUCUUGUUUUGACUUCGGAUCCCAAACCUCGUCUCAGAUGGACUGCUGAGCUUCAUGAACGCUUUGUUGACGCUGUUACUCAGCUUGGUGGUGCCUCUAAAGCUACGCCUAAGGCCAUCAUGCGGACAAUGAAUGUGAAGGGACUGACACUCUUCCAUUUAAAGAGUCAUCUCCAGAAAUACAGGCUAGGUAAGCAAUCAGGAAAGGAGAUGGGUGAGGCAUCCAGAGAUGGGAUGCCAUCUGCUUACCUUUUAGAAAGUCCUGGAACUGGUAAUUCUUCUCCGAAUUUGCCAACUUCUGAUAAUGAAGGUUAUGAAGUCAAGGAGGCCUUGAGAGCACAGAUGGAAGUGCAAAGCAAAUUACAUCUGCAAGUCGAGGCUGAGAAACACUUGCAGAUCCGACAGGAUGCAGAGCGUAGAUAUAUGGCUAUGCUUGAAAGAGCUUGUAAGAUGCUUGCAGAUCAAUUUAUUUCAGGUUCAGUUAUUGACACAGACAGCAAUGGUCAAGGAUUGGUGAGUAAGACACCAAGAAAUUCCUCCAUAGAUCCACUUGGCUUCUACUGCUUACAUUCUCCUGAGGUGGCUGGAGUACAUGGCUCAGAAGAAGAAGUUGCACCUAGCCUCCAUGCCCAGAGGGCUGACUGUUCCACUGAAAGCUGCCUAACCUCACAUGAGAGUCCUGGAGGAUUGACUCUGGAAGGAUCUCCUUGUGGAGGGAAGAGAAGGAUGCUAAGCAUGGACUCAAAUACUGCGUCUUUGCUUUGGGAAGCCAAGAUGAAGUCCCAAGACAUCAAUGUAGCACAAGUUAAUGCGCAUGCAAUCACUGGGUAUGGCAUGUAGCACUGAAAACUCUGCUCAAUGUUUCAUCAUGUUAUCACCAAGUGAGAUUCAUAUUUUCACUCCUGGCAUUACAAUCGUAAGCGGAACAUAAUUGUAAAAUUUCCUUCUGUUCUUGUCCAUAAAGUCGGCAGGAACUGAGGCAAAAACAGCUUGUCCAAUCUGUAAAUUCAAAAUACCAGUGCCUUUGAGAUUUAAAACUAUUUGUCCAUGAUUUUACUAAAUCAUGUAUUCUGUAAAUCCGUAGAGGUUGGCCUAACUCCAAAUUAUAGUGCUGUCUAAUCAGUUCUUGCAUGCUUAAGAUCAGUGAUUGCUUCUACAGGCCUU